CUCGAGGAUGGAUGGUGUGACUGCUCCGUGUUAUCCAGGCAGGGGGGGGGAUGGUUUUGGGUUGGAUGCCAUCGUUGUGUUAUGUGGGGGUUUGGAUCAGACUCAUCCUUCUUUCGUCCUGGCCUACCUCGGAAAUUGGGCUGGGUCUCUUUCCGUUUGCCACCCCAUAUUCCCUGCGGCGUAAGGUGUCCCGAGUGACGGCUAAUAAGAGGCGAUCACACAUCCUCUCCCCCCCAGCCCUUUCUGAAAAGGCUAAAAAGAGGCGAGUGCCGAACCGCAAGGCUGGGAACGGCUGGGCCUGCUAGCGGGGAAACGGGAAGUCUUAUUGUUGUUUUGGUUUUUUUCCCCGGGUAAUCGAGAUGGC